GCAGUGUCCAAGUCUCCGAAAAUCUGCUACUGGCUAGAUAUGCGUUAAUAGAUAAAUGCGAUUAUGUGGCUCAGUUUAUGCUCUAAAUGAGGGAAUACUAUUAACGCGUAUAAGUGUAUAUCUGUUCUGUUUAAUGAAAGUAUAGCUUUUUAUUAUAGCGUUAGUGUUCUGGCAAGAAAUAGAAACGGAAAUGUCUGUGUUUAUGGAUUUAAACAUCUUGGCCAUUACUGACAAGAAGAAACUUCAAAGUACGAUAGAGACAGCAGCUCAUCUUGGUUACUCCACAGUCGCAAUAAAUUAUGUCGUGGAACCACAACAGAAGAAACAGCAAAUUCCUAAGCCCGAGUCUGUCACAGAGCUGUUUGAGAAGUUCCCAAUAGUGCAGGGUAAAUCCAGGCCUAUUAAAGUGUUGAACCGUUUGACUGUGGUUGCCACUGAUGCCUCACACUUUAGGCCAUCCAAUGAGUACAAAAGCUUUGACAUUUUGGCUGUGUAUCCCAAAACAGAGAAGCUCUUCCAUGCAGCCUGCAUGACCUAUGAUGUGGACAUCAUCUGCAUAGCAGUGACAGAAAAGCAGCCCUUUCACUGCAAAAGGUCACCUGUGAAUGGAGCCAUUGAGAGGGGAGUGUCCUUCGAGAUAAGCUACACAGCAGCCAUCCGGGACUCCACCAUGAAGAAAUACACCAUCGCAAAUGCCAUCAACUUAACGGAAGUAUGCAAGGGAAAGAAUGUCAUUCUUACCAGUGGAGCGGAGGUGCCUAUCGAGUUGCGUGGCCCGUACGACAUUGCCAAUCUGGGCCUAGUGUUCGGCCUGUCUGAGGGUGAUGCUAAAGCUGCCGUCUCCACUAACUGCCGAGCUGUCGUACUGCACGGAGAGACGCGUGCAACAGCACUGGGCAUAAUCCACACGAUGAAGAGGAUGCAGCCUACUGGCCAGGAGCAAGAGGAAGAAUCUCCGGCUGCGAAGAAGGCCAAAGUCGUAAAGGUUUAGUGCAGACUCAGGAUGGGAGCAGAGUGCAGUUUGAUGUUUAUUCGGCCCACUGUUUUGCAUUAUUUAUUCAUGACGACCUUUUUUUCUCCCUGUUGUCUAAAUGGGUAUCUUGAAGCUCCUGAGUUAUCUGAUUUUCUGUAUUCUUUUUUUUAGUAGUUUGCUUCUAAAAGGAUGAAAAAUCAAAUAAAAUAAUAGGAGCCAGUGAAAACAGUGUUUAUUCAGUAAAAUUAACAAUUUCAAGAAACAAGAUCUAUGAAAUAGUUUACAAAAGCAAGAAAAAAGUAAGCAUUAAGAGCACCCCUUUUGUGAAUAAUAACAUUUUGAAAAGAAAUCAGAUACAAUGGCAUAGUCAGACACAGCACACAGUGUGAGGCUAGGUCACAGAGUAACGUUCCACAUUCAUGACUAAACUACUCCAGCACGCUGCAGGGCAAGCACCAGGUAUGAUUUUUUUUUUUCUGUAGCUUUCGUAAUCUACCACCAACCACGAGUCAAUUAAUGACGCGCCACUGUGCCAUGCCGUACUAUUCUCAAACCCUCACAAAUACCUCAUAUCUUUGUUUUACUUUAUGAAACAAUUAACUGACCAGAAUUAGUUUGCUACGACAAAAUGAAUACACCAUCUAAAGCUUUGUCCUUUGUAAAAGCAUUGGAAUCAAACAUUCAGCCUAUUGGCUCUGCAACAACAGACAGUAAUGCACAGCUCCGGCUGUGAUGUUUCCACAGUGGUUUGUCACUGGUUAACCUGUUCACUUGGCUUGAGAUUUUCGUUGUGCUUUAAACUAUCAAGGAUGGUUUUGGUGUCACACCGCCACUCCAAAAUCACCUGUAUGUCCAUAGGUGAUUUCCCCCCCUGCAGUGAAAUAAGUCAUGUGCCAGAUUUAAAAAACGAAACUGCACGUUUGUGACUAUUUCUGCCCUUCUUUGUUAUAUAAUGCAAAAUGCUAUAGCAGUUUUUGUAAAGAGGUCCAAAUAUUGGAAUAGGUCUCACGUAUAAGUGAAGUGAAAUCCCAUCAUGCAAAUCCAUUGUCACCUCGGUGCCUUGACAUGUUUGUAUUAGUGCCACUAGAUGUCAGUAUGGAGAUUCUAAAACCAAGCACUUUAAAAAACAAGCCGUGUAUGGAUUUGAGGCGGUUUUGCUUUUAGGUAAUUUUCUGCUUGAAUCGCAAUUGAUCCAACUUUAAAGAUACACUGAAAAAGGGGUAGGGCUUGUCUGCAUGCCACAGUUAGUUAGUUAGUUUAAAAAUAUAUAUUUUCAGUAGGUAAUAUCUAAUGCAGGAGAGCUCAGGGCUUAGUAAAAGUGUCUAAUCUGUGUCUGGAAAAAAACCCAAAAUACCCUUACAUAGUUCUUCAGUUUGGGAUUGACUCCAUGUAUUAGCAGUAACUGAAUGAGUCAGAAUCUGUUCUGGUGGACAGUGUUGUGCAUCGGGGUGUCCCCCUCCUGAAGAGGGGGGUGUGAAGAAACUCAGCACGGCUUUUAACGUGACGUAGUAGAAACAGUCAUAAGGCCAUUAGUGCCACCUCACUGUGCCUGCCCCGUAGUGGAUAAGGUGCUCGGCACAUCCGUAGUGGCCUGCCCACACUGCCCCGUGGAGAGGGGUACUCGGCAGCCAAAGGUGCAAGGUUAGAGGGAGACAUUCGAGAAGGAGGGUGCCAUUUAAUAAUAGCAUCAGCUGAUGGCAGCACUAAGAUCACGGACACAGAGGGUGGCUGGGCUAGUGCCUGUUACCUUGUCUCUUGCGUCAAGGUUGCUACAAUGAUGCAGGAGCAGCUCUAGUAUGGGCAGGCUCCCUCCCUGGCAUGCCCAGUGAACCACAGCUGCAUCAAGCUGGGGAGCAAUAUAAUACUGAGGUAGAGGCUCAGGAGAGGAGGAUUACAGUGAGGUAGAAAAGCUGAAUAGGAGGAUUACAGUGAGGCAGAGAUGUUGGAUAGGAAGAGUACAGUGAGGUAGAAAAGCUGAAUAGGAGGAUUACAGCGAGGUAGAGAUGUUGGAUAGGAAGAGUACAGUGAGGUAGAAAAGCUGAAUAGGAGGAUUACAGCGAGGUAGAGAUGUUGGAUAGGAAGAGUACAGUGAGGUAGAAAAGCUGAAUAGGAGGAUUACAGUGAGGUAGAGAUGUUGGAUAGGAAGAGUACAGUGAGGUAGAAAAGCUGAAUAGGAGGAUUACAGUGAGGUAGAGAUGUUGGAUAGGAAGAGUACAGUGAGGUAGAAAAGUUGAAUAGGAGGAUUACAGUGAGGCAGAGAUGUUGGAUAGGAAGAGUACAGUGAGGUACAAAAGCUGAAUAGGAGGAUUACAGUGAGGCAGAGAUGUUGAAUAGAUGAAAUGAUGGAUGUAAAAAUUAGAUAAAUGUAUAAAUGCUGGCUAGAAAUGCAACAGUGGGGUAGAAGAGGGAUAUGAAAAGAGGAGCACUUUACUAUCUGGUGAACUGGUUUAUCCAUUAACACCUAAGCUGCCAUCACACCAAGUAACAGUGAAAAUGACAGGCCUUGAAUAGGAAUGUGCAAAGCAUGUGAAAUUGCAGUGUCUUACGUAAACAUUUUUUUCUUUUGCUAAUGUAGCCAAUGGUUGGAGGAAAACAUUCAAGGUCAUAAUGGGCACUGAUGUGUGGCUGGAAGCAGGGUUUUGGAUUUGUCAGCCAAUUGUUUUGUGUGAGUUCCAUUUUAAACUGUUCAGAUGCAUAGCAAAACUACAGUAAAUACUGACUUCAUUUACUAAUCUUUGACAAACUCAGGAUGGCUGGAAUGAAGACUGAGCAAAAAAAAGACAAAAACCAAUAAUGCUGAGCUCUGGAAUACUUGAUAAGGUUCAAGCAUUGCCUUGUCCUUGCUUUCAAUUAACAUCCCAGCUUGCAGCAGUCUUCUCACAAUCUCCAAGUUGCCUUGUAAACACUGUAGAGCUGUGCUUCGGAACUAGAACAUGCGCAAGAGAGAGUGAUUAUCAGCUCCAUGGAACUGUCAGAAACUGGCUGUAAAUUCGGAAUAACCAGAGCUGUGGGGUUUUUUGGCACUCACAUUAUCACAUGCAUUUGGGUCUGCCCCCCUGGCGAGAUAAUUCUCAAUCACUGGCAAUUUGUUGUCCACCACUGACUUUAGAAAGUCUUACACACAAAAUCAGACAAUGGAAACAAUAAGGAAUAAAUAUUGAAGGAUUUACUAAAAUCCCUAAUAAUUACGAACUUUUAAAAAAUCAAACAAGUUUCUCACCACUUUUGCAGGUGCUUGGUGUGCUUUGCAGUCAGGUGUCCAUUUUGCAAUCUUCCUCUAGUACCAGAAUCUUCGUGAGGUCUUUGAUACUACUGUGGUUUAACUAGCUAGAAGUGUCAGUCAGCCGAAGAAAGCAAAUGCAAUUUCUUAACAGCUAUACUGGAUUGCUGUAUUUCGUUGUUAUACGUGAGAGGUGAUUUGUGCUGUACAUUACUUAUGAAUAUAUUCCUAAUGGGAUAUUGAUGUGUUGGUCUGCCUCAGUAAUUUCAGUACCAUUGUCAAGGUUACUUUAGGGCGCAUCUCGUCUCUCCUGGCUGAUGGACUCAUAUUCACCUGCCAGAUAAUCCUAUUUUAAAGUGUCUUCUUGUUUGCUGUCACCAUAUUUAUUGGCAGUCACCUUUUAAAGAUAAAAGCAGUUCUUUGUGAAAUUGGAUAUGUAUCAUUCUUAUUGUAGAUGCAGGAAUGUUCUAGAUGUGCAGACUAAAGAGAAAUUAAUUUCUGGAGGCUCAGGCCAUGUCAUCAGUGAAUAAUUGUACCAUUAGAUCUGAAAAUCCUGGGCUCUGAAAUCCUAGGCUGUUCAGUUAUCUGUUCCUUUCUGCUUGUUUCACAGUAAGUGUGCUAUGGAUGUUUAGGUCUUUGUUAGAGAUGUAUGAUAUUCGCUGUUCAUAAAAAACAGACUAAUAUAGUGCAUCUGUUGGCUAACUGCUCCUGAUGUGUCACCUCUCUAAAUGCAUUAAAAAACAAAUGGGUCUUAUGAUAGAAAAUCUCUGAGAGGUUUUAGAAUUUUCCAAAUUUGAGAACAGGAACACAGUUAAACCACGAAUACAACACCUAUCAGCCCUUGAACUCAUAGUAUUCCCAUGUGUACCAAUUGGAGUGAAUGGAAAUCCAGUGAAAUGGCUGCCUAUUGAUUGCCCUUGUGCCAUAGAGGACCCAAGUUAAAUAUUCUGUUUGUGUGGGUGUAUACGCACUUCUGACGUUCUGUAAGAUGAUACCAGAUCAAAACAGUAAAUGUUUAAAUGAUAGCAUUCAGUCUAUGGGGUUUCAAAGUUCUGAGAGUGUAGAUCAGUUUUGUUCUUUGAGUUUCCCAGAGCCUGCAUGGCUCUGGAGUUUCCUAACUUGCUGCCAUAGCAACAACCGGCAGUGCAAACAGAUAUGCCAUUAAUGUCCAUUAACAUUAAAAUGUCUUGCCACUGGAAACGACAAAUCCUUAAUUUUGAUGGUCUGAAAGUGUUCAACAAAAUGAUCAGCGAGACUUCUAUUGGUUUCUCCAAUGUACAACUGAUUACAUUUCUUGCAAGGGAUACAAUAGACAAAUCCUGCAGGAAAGAGUGAUAACAACUGAUCCUUUUGUGAAAGUUAUUUUAGUGGCUGUGUUAAUACAUUGACAUGUUGCACAUAUAGAGUGGAUGCAGGCUACAGUAUCACAGUUAUUGUUCAACUACCUCAUCAGUGGGGAAUCCGUAAAACGGGAUGCUGUCUCUGCAUUGCCUUGGAUUUUAAAGUGUUUAAGUGGUGAUAAGUAAACAGCAAAGGAAUUCUUCUUGUCUUAAUAAUGGAUUCAUAAGUCAGGGAAUUUGUUUCACGAACAGGUAAAAGAUGAGCAUCAUCUAGGAUAUCUGUAGGAAAGCCACAUAUUCUGUAUGAAAAUUUUCACACAGUUCUAUAAUUCUCUGGAGGAAGUCUUCAUUCCCACUGAAAAUUAGUUUGAACCUUAAUAGCUUGAGUAAGAGGAUUUCAUAAGUUGGUCCCAUUUAAGUAACCACACUAAAUCUUUUCUGUGAGUAGUUGGAGUUAAACAUAAAGCAGUUUAGAGUUAACACAAAUAACAACAGCCUUGAGAAUAUCUGUGGGAGGGUUAUUUUCAAGUCUUGCAUCAAGAAAAUGCAAACUAAAGCUCUCGAAUAAUGAGGUGACCAUUUGGAAUGACCAAGUAUGAACCUUUAAUGCUCAUUGAAAAAAGUCAGGAGAUGGCAGGUAGUUGUUUUUGCAUGUGUUAAAUUUAGAAGGAACAAACUGAACUGCCACAUUUGGCACAAUUAACCAUAAUAUGCUCAUCACCCUGCUCUCAAACACUGGAAUUAUUAAAACGGUUCUUGAAUUGUUCACCUUCUAUAUUUCUAAUAGAUCACAUUUUGUUGUCUUUGGUAAACACAAAUGGCACACUGAUACCAAUGUGUUCAUUCAAGGUGUUCCCCAGGGAUCAGUCCUUGGUCAUCUCCUAUUUAAUCUAUAUGCUACCCCUUGACCAGAUUAUCAGCAGGCAUGAUCAUCCCUUCCACUGUCAUGCUGAUGACAUGUUUACAUUAACACUAAAGCUAACACCACCGUACCAGCUCAUGCUUUACUCUCUUGUAUCCAAGAUCUUAAACAGUAGAUGAACAUAAACUUCUGUUUUGUCAGGAUUUACUUAUAGGAAGUUCUACUUAUUGGUUCUAAAUCCAAAAUCUCAAAAUUCUCUGAUUUUAAAUUCAAUCUGGAUGUUGUCAAAUCCUCAUCUGUAGUUAGGAACUUUGGUUUCUUUUUGACUCCUCUCUCUUUUGAACUCCACAUCAAGUCCCUGGUUAAAAAUGCCUUUUUAUCUGCAGUAUCACUAGAUUUAGGCCCAUGCCCUUCAAACAAGAUGUUGAGACUCUGGUUCACACUUUCAUAUGAUCAAUAUGUUCAAAAUUCAGCCACAAGAAUUCUCUUACAUGUUAGAAAAUCAGCCCACAUCACCCCUAUUUUAUAUCAGUUAGACUGGCUCCUUGAAUGCAUUCAGUAGCAACUCCUCCUGCUUACGUUCAAAGCUCUGCCCGGUCUUGCGCCUCCCUACCUGGCUGAGCUCCUACACUCUUACUGGCCCAACUGAACACUUCGGUCCUUUAAUGCAAGUCGUCAGGUUUAGAUUGACCGCUGUAGGAGGCAGGUCUUUCAGCAUCAUGGCUGCAGUCCACCUCUCUCUCUGUCUCUGCUCUUCACUUUCCUCUUUCAAACCCCAGCUUAAAACACACCUCUUUUCUCAGCAUUUCUGUUAAUAGUUGUCAAUUGAUGUGUUCAUUUGUGUUAGUGUUUUCUUUAUUUUUCUAUUCAUCUGUAUUGUUAUUUCAAAAACGACCUUGAGAAGGCGAUAUAUACAGUAAACGUAUUAUUAUUAUUAUUAUUAUUAUUAUUGUUGUUGUUGUAGAAAAUGUGAAGAGCCUUUAACAUAUGUGGGUAAGGACUGAACAAUAUGCUGAAAAUGUCAAUAAACUGGAAUUUCUUUUGGGAAAGAAGAAGCAUAUACAAAAUGACAUCCAGGAUUGUUUUCCUUGUGAAUUUUAUGGAUAAGAUAAAAGCAGCUGUAGCAAGGAUUAUCUAUAAUAAGAUUCUGUGUGAAACCUGGGAGGUGUCCUGUUAAAAUGGCAUAAUUAAUAAUUGAGUGGAUGUGGGACUGUAACUGGAGUGAUGUCACAGCUGUUGUGCCUGUAAACGCUGGGAUCAGAAAACUGCUUGCAUCCGUGUAGUGAAUGUCUGCUCAAAACGACAACGGCUCCAGCUUUUAUCUGACGGCUCACUAACGGUGCCACUUCUUUUGUUUAUAGAUCUUUAAUCUAUAAAUCUUUAAUCUUCCUUUGUUACAUUUUUUUUGUUGCUUUGUUGAAAUAUAUGUUACAAAUUUCCUUUCUUUCGUAGGUAUUAAAAACCCCCAGAUAUUGUAUGUAUCUCAAGAAGGAGGUGUUCAGGAAGGCUUGGUGAGUUAUAUUUAGAUAAGUAAAGGUUUCCACAAGCACCACUGCUUGCAGAGUAUCAUGGACUUCUAUAAUAAAAUCAGCAUUUAACCUUAAACACAGAAAAAUGGCUUUAGUGUCAUUAAUGGACUUUAUUUAAUUAAAUGUAGUAUUAGUAGGCACUGGGGGUACAAAGUUUAGAGCUUUGGAUAGUACAGAUCUCUUUGUAAAAGUCAAUUUGGACUCAUUGGAAUAGUGACAACUUUCUUUUGGUUUUAAUAGGCAGGAGAAACAAUCUGUCCUGUAGUACUACUAUUAGCAUCAGUUUUCUUCAGCAAAGCCAACUUCUUGUUUUUAGUAUGAGCCAUGAAUUAAAAAAAAAAAAUCUGUUUGUGUUUGUUUAA